AGUCUCUUUCAAUCGCAUCGCAUAUAUUAUAAGCUUGGAAAACAUGCCAAAUUUCGUCUAUUUGGACGCUUCCGGCAUUAAAUACUCCUACGACAAGUUCACUGACCAGAAUGCGCCAUCAGUUUUGGAGGAAAUCAAAAAUGUCAAGAUUCGGUUCAUUAAAAACACAAAAUUCCACUCGGUUGUUGAGUUUGAGGGCCUAAAUGUCUCAAUUGCCAACGCUCUUCGCAGAAUUUUAAUCGCAGAGAUUCCGACGCUUGCCAUCGAGACCGUCGAGAUUAGGCAAAACACUGGCGUCGUUCAGGAUGAAUUACUGGCGCAUAGACUCGGUCUUGUGCCAUUUAACGUCGACCCUGAAGACUUUUCAUACAAGAAUCACGAAAGUUUGGGGGACAAGAAUAGCCUGUGCUUCAAGCUCAGCGCAAAGUGCCUUCGGUCAGACUCUCAAGGGAGGAAUACGCUUUCGUUAUACGCAAAAGACUUGGUAUGGCAUCCCUUCAACGAGGCUCAAAAGUUAAAAUUCCAGGACGACCCUCCUAGACCGAUUCACGGUGAUAUACUCUUGACAAAAUUGGCUGGUGGUCAGGAGCUGGAUUUGACUGCAUACCUUGAGAAGGGUAUCGGUAAGACACAUUCAAAGUGGUCCCCUGUGAGCACGGCGGUAUACCGAUUUAAACCAGAAAUAACAUUUUCUGAGGAGUUUCCUCUGAGCAAGAGUGAUAAGGAGGAAUUGUGUGAAUUGUGUCCAAUGGACGUUUUUUCAAUGAAGAAGGGUGACAUUUGUAUUGAAGACACCUUGAGCUGUACCUCUUGCAGAGCAUGUGUGGAGAGAUUCCCAAAGAGCGUAAUCGUGAAAAAGCUGAAUAACCACAUCAUUUUCUCUAUAGAGUCUACCGGGGCCGUACCGAGUGCUACACUCCUGCUGAGGGCCAUUGAAGUACUCAAGAACAAAUCAAUUAGACUCAUGAAUAGGAUUAGCGAGUUGGGAUAACGCAGAUA